CCCAUUGUGCCUGCCCAUCCAAUGGCUCCUCCUAGCCCCAGUAUCACCAGCAGCAAUAACAACAGCAGCAGCAGCAGCAGCAACUCAGGAUGGGAUCAAUUAAGUAAAACAAACCUGUAUAUCAGAGGGCUGCCUCCAAAUACCACUGACCAGGACUUAGUAAAGCUAUGCCAACCAUAUGGGAAAAUUGUAUCUACGAAAGCUAUUUUGGAUAAAACAACAAACAAAUGCAAAGGUUAUGGUUUUGUGGACUUUGAUAGUCCAGCUGCAGCUCAGAAAGCCGUAUCUGCCCUGAAAGCCACUGGGGUUCAAGCACAGAUGGCAAAGCAACAGGAGCAGGAUCCAACUAAUUUGUAUAUUUCCAAUUUGCCACUUUCAAUGGAUGAGCAAGAGCUUGAGAACAUGCUAAAACCCUUUGGACAAGUUAUCUCAACAAGAAUACUUCGUGAUUCCAAUGGCACAAGUCGUGGAGUUGGCUUUGCAAGGAUGGAAUCAACAGAAAAAUGUGAAGCAGUGAUUGCUCAUUUUAAUGGGAAAUUUAUUAAAACCCCACCAGGAGUUUCUGCUCCUGCAGAACCUUUGUUGUGCAAGUUUGCAGAUGGAGGACAAAAAAAGAGACAGAAUCAGAACAAAUAUAUACAAAAUGGAAGAGCAUGGCACAGAGAAGGCGAGGUGAGACUUGCUGGGAUGACACUUACUUAUGAUCCAACUACAGCUGCUUUACAAAAUGGAUUUUACCCCUCACCAUACAGUAUUGCAACAAACAGAAUGAUCACUCAAACAUCUAUCACGCCAUACAUAGCUUCUCCAGUUUCUACAUACCAGGUGCAGAGUCCCUCCUGGAUGCAGCCUCAACCAUAUAUAAUGCAGCAUCCUGGGGCUGUAUUAACUCCUUCCAUGGAGCACACCAUGUCUUUGCAGCCAGCAUCGAUGAUAAGUCCACUGACCCAGCAGAUCAGCCACCUUUCACUGGGCAGCACUGGAACAUACAUGCCUGCCACAACAGCUAUGCAAGGAGCCUAUAUUCCCCAGUACACACAUGUUCCAACAGCAGCUGUUCCAGUUGAGGAGGCCAGUGGUCAGCAGCAAGUUACAGUAGAAACAUCCAGUGAUCAUUCUCCAUAUACUUAUCAGCAAAACAAGUAAUUUGUGAGAUAUGUGGUGGUGACCUUGCCUAGAGAAGGAUGCAAAGGCUGAAACAAUCAUGGAUUUUACUGAUCAAUUGUGCUUUAGAAAUUAUUGACAGUUUUGCACAGGUUCUUGAAAACGUUAUUUAUAAUGAAAUCAACUGAAACUAUUUUUGCUAUAAGUUCUAUAAGGUGCAUAAAGAAAAAGAAAAAAAAAAGAUCUUAAAAUUCAUCCUAGUAGCUGUUCCCCUUCCCCCCCUCGAGCAGGUUUAUUUUAGUAAGAAAUUUUUUAUCAAGUGUUAUGACGCAAAAAAAAAAAAAAA